GAGAGAGAGAGAGAAAGGCGGAAAGGAAAAGAGAAAGAAGGGCGUUCUGUCCUCAGGAGAGCCCGCACUCCUCCCUCGCCAAGGACAGAAGACCCUGAAGAAAGUUCUACUCCAGCGCGAUGUUCCUGCCAGCGCUCCUGCCUCUCCUCCUGACGGCGACGUCGCUCGCUCCCCGUCCCGCCCUCGCCGUCCUCCUCCCUCCCGAGGGGAACGACUACCCCCUCUACGACUUCCCUUCACUCCAGUACCUGCCACAUAACUCCCUGGCGGAGUACCAGGACCCGCGGUCGUUCUCCGAGGAGGACAAGAUGGAGAUCUCCACGAGGUCCACCUACUUCCCUCUCCCGUCCUCCUCCUCCUCCUCUGACUCCUCCUCGUCCUCGUCCUCCUCCUCCUCGUCCUCCUACCCCUACGCCCCCUCGUCCUCGUCCCCCUCGUCGUCCGCAUCCCUAGCCACUAUUUCUUGUACGCCGGAGGAUUUAGCCAGCAUGCUGAACAUAGACGACCUCGACAAAAUGAUUAGGAUCGUCUCCAAGGUCGAGGGGAAGAGCGCGAAGGAUGUCCUACUCAAGCUCGCCCUCAAGCACGGACUCCACCUCAAGGACAGAGAUGUUAUUCUACCAAAGAAUCGCGCCAGAGAUUACAAGACAGGACCCCACGCCCCAACACCCCCAGGGACCCAGAGGAAACUGCGGUUCUUAGGCCACGCCCCCCUCAAGAGCCCCCUCGGAGCCGCCCCUCCCCAGCGCCCACUCCUCCACCUACGCCGCCCACCUGUGGCUCUCUCCCCGACGUCGCCAGGGCUGGGGAGUGACCGUCCUCCUCAAGGGGAUCCAAUGCUCGAUGCUCUGGCUAUCGAGGUUCCGGCGAUUUCCCCCAGGGGCGUGUCCAUGCCCCCCCGGGCGGUGCUAGUGGUCCUGAACGCGGCCAGAGAGGAGGUGGCCAGGACGGCGGUGGACCUCGGACCUCGCAUGGCCCUCCUGGAUGUCCUGAAGGAGGCCAAGUCGGUCUUCGCUCUCAACAAUGGCCCUUAUCGACAAAAUCCCUUUUCCUUCAAAGCGAAGAGGUUGGAAGCAGAGCGAUGUCUGGGUUUGCAGACGAUGGGGCGGGUGACAGCCAGUCCAAGCUCCGCCCUCACCAUCUCCGUUACAAGGACACGCCCACUUGCCGAGGUCAUCUGGGAAUCUGCCUGCCUGCCUCGAGUAGCCGAUCUUCUCGUACACCGGGAUGACAUCAUCGUCCUGGCACCGCGCUGACUCUCCGCGCUGCCAGACGCAAGAGUCAAAUUCUAAACUGAGAGACAACAGCAGUUCAUUUUCCCCUUUGAAUAAAUGAGUUCAGAUAUAUAUAUAUAUAUUUAGCUGGUGAUUCGAUUUUGUUGUGAACAUUUGUCUUGGAUAUAUCCGAGGCUUUUACAGGAUUAGGUCUGACUUUAUUUUAAAAGUAUGGAAUUACUUACUUUGUGAUUUGAGGGAAAUUCAGAAAUUAGAAAGAGUUUAUGUACUGAUUCAUUACACUAUUUUUCUUCGGUGUAAUGAGUGUCAGCCAAGACCAGAGGAUUGGCUGACAACGGUCUUCAAUAGUCAGUUUCCUGUAAUGCUUACGGAAUGACUGAUAAAACAUAACAUAUCGAUUUACUUUCGUAAAUGAAUUUAAGAUGUAGAAAAUAUAAGUGAAACUGAUUCA